GGAAAAAAAAGAAUACAAAAAACAAAAACCCUCUUGUACACACAAACAGAAAUAGAUACAUAUACAUAGAAAGAGAAAGAGAAAGAGAAAGGGGGGGAGGUAAGUGGGGUACUAUUAUGAUGAUGGUUUUGGAGAGAUGAUGAUGAAGAAUGAAGAAAAGAUGAGACAAGUGAAAUGAUAGAUGUAUAUAGAUAUAAUAAUAUAUGUACUCCAUUGUAUCGUAUAUCUAUAUGUAAAUGUUGUUUUUAAUAACAAGAAACAAGCAGCAGCAGCAGCAGGAACCAAAGGGCUUUUACUCAAAGGCUACAUGUGGAGGCAACUCAUCGGUCAAUUUCAAGACCUCGCCGCCGCCGCCGCUACUCCUCUGCCUCUCCCCGCCGUUCUUCCGCCGUAUAUUACUCACCAUCCGCCGGAAACUGGUAAUCAAAGAUGGUGUCUUCUAAACCUUGAAGAUAACCCUUCAGAAGAUGAUUGCUACAAUUUUGUGAUGCGUGCCGGAAAGUUCAAAAUGUUGGAUCCCAGCAAGGCUCCACCUUCAAAGAGACCCCGUAAGGACCGAACCCGAGGAAAAGUACCCGAAACCUCUAAGUCCACCGAGAAUAUGGAAUCAGAAAUCUGGAAGGACUUCCCAGAAGACUUGUAUGAAGCAGUCAUUGCAAGACUUCCUGUUGCCACCUUCUUCCGGUUCCGGUCCGUUUGCCAGAAAUGGAACUCGUUGUUAAAUUCUAAUAGUUUCGCAGUUCAAUGUGGUCAAGUUCCACGAGCACAGCCUUGGUUUUAUACCCGAACACAUGAAAAUGUCAACACAGGAGCCAUGUAUGACCCGGUUUCAAGAAAAUGGCACCACCCGUCGGUACCUGCCAUACCCACAAAAAUGAUCAUUUUACCUGUGGCUUCUGCAGGUGGUCUUGUUUGCUUUCUUGACAUUGGGCAUAGAAGCUUCUAUGUCUGUAAUCCUCUCACCCAGUCUUUUAGAGAGUUGCAGGCGAGAUCGGUUAAAGUCUGGUCAAGGGUAGCUGUCGGGAUGACUGUAAAUGAGAAAUUGGGUAGUGGGGCGUACAAGAUAAUGUGGGUUGGGUCUGAUGGUGAGUAUGAAAUUUAUGACUCCACUAAGAACACAUGGAGUUGCCCAGGUGGCAUGACAGCUAGUAUCAAGCUUCCACUGUCGCUGAACUUUAGGUCACAGCCUCUAUGUGUAGAUGGGUCAAUGUAUUUUUUGAGAUCAGAUCCAGAUGGGAUCGUGUCAUACAACAUGGAAACCGGAAGUUGGAAGCAAUUUACAGUUCCGGCCCCUCUCCACCUGAGUGAUCACACGCUGGCGGAGUGUGGCGGCAGGAUAAUGUUGGUAGGAUUGCUAACAAAAAAUGCUGCCACUUGUGUGUGCAUUUGGGAGCUUCAGAAGAUGACUCUCUUGUGGAAGGAGGUUGACAGAAUGCCAAAUAUAUGGUGCUUAGAAUUCUAUGGAAAGCACAUUAAGAUGUCUUGUUUAGGUAACAGAGGCUUGCUCAUGUUAUCACUUCGAUCUAAAAUGAUGAACCGUUUGGUUACUUAUGACAUCUUGAGAAAGGAGUGGUUAAAGGUUCCUAACUGUGUGUUCCCACACAGUCGGAAACGGCAAUGGAUUGCUUGUGGGACGGCCUUUCACCCGUGUCUGACCGCUAAGGCUUAGGUCUUCAUUUCCAUUGUAGUUUAGUAGGGGUCAUAUGGAUAAUUCUGAAAAAUGACCCAUCUGUGUAAUCUUAAUAUGUUACAUUACUUUAAUCAUCUAUGUAAUGACACGAACGUGUAAUAUCCAUGAUGUUUAAUUCUUCUAGGA